GCUGAGGGGGCCGCAGGUGCCUCGGCCAGCAGGGCUGCGGGUGUCAGGCGCCCGCUGGUUCGUGCUGGGUGGCUGCGGGGGGCGGGAGAGCGGCGGAGCGCGCCCCGCCCGCGGGCGGCCCAACGGCGGCCCCGGCCAUGGAGCGGCUGCGGGCGGAGGCGGCGGCGCUGGACGAGUACGCGGAGUACCGCAGAAUUGUAGGUGAUGAUGAUGGAGGAAAAAUCUUUACUCCUGAGGAAUAUGAGGAGUACAAAAGAAAAGUGUUACCCAUUCGGUUACAAAACAGGUUGUAUGUGAGCUGGAGAUCACCAACUGGCAUGGACUGUAAGCUUGUUGGACCAGAGACACUGUGCUUUUGUACUCACCGGUAUAAACAACACAAAACGGACUACGAAGUGAUUCCCAAGGACCGUCCUAUUUGUGUGCCGUGUCGAGUGAGCCGCUGUCAGUGCCAGUCCUAUCACUACGUUCCUCUAAAUGGCACACAGCCCAUCCGCUGUAGAUGCAAACACUUUGCUGAUCAGCACAGUGCAGCACCUGGAUUUUCAUGUAAUUCUUGUUCCAAGUGUUCUGGAUUUCACAGUUGCUUUACCUGUGGAUGUGGUCAGCCAACAUACGCACAUGAAACCGUUGUGGAAACUAAACAGGAGAGGUUAGCCCAAGGAAAGCCUGUGGGGCAGGACGUUCCUUACGCUGCUAUGGGAGGACUGACUGGUUUUAGCUCACUAGCAGAGGGCUACAUGAGGCUUGAUGACAGCGGAAUAGGGGCUCCUUCUGCUGAACUUCUAGAAUCCCCUGUAACCAGCAUGGAUCAUCCAUUUCUAAAAGCAUUUGAGGGACCUUCUAGUUCUGCUCAAACCAUCUCACAGAUAGCAGGUUGUUCUACUGCCACAAUGCAAGUUUCUCAUGAAGGGCGUUCAGAAGAAGAUGACAUGGCUUAUUUUGAAAAACGUUACCAGGAACGGCUGAAAAAGGAGAAGGCUGCUAAACAAACAGAAAAAAGUCCAGUGAGAUCAAAGAAGCCAUGAGAUUAAUGAAGAAAUACUGAUUAGGUGCAACAGUGUCAAUUGUUGUAUUGAAGAGUGUUUUUCUCUGCACCUGCUUUUACUUCAUUUCUUUAUUUGGCUUUGUUCUAUUGCUGAAAUUGAUUUUUAAUUAACUUCUAAUAAAAUUGGCACUUUGAUUAAAGA